AACAAAUUUAAUAAUUUCUUUUACUUAAAACUUGCGCAAAAAUUAUAAAUCAAUAUAAUAUUUGAUUAUUUUUAAUAUAAAAAAUACUUAAAGCUAACAUUUUAUUUAAGGGAUACUACAACUUAAAUCAUAUUAUCUUUCAUGCCUUUUUAAAUUGAUCCAUCAUCAUAAUAUUUAGAUAGGUAACUUUUCAUGAGUAUCCUAUAAUAUGAAGAGCUGUUGCUUGAUGGCUAAUUUAAUAGAGAAAUAGUAGAAAAUCUGAUUUCUUUAUAUGCUUAGUGCGUAGAGUUUUAUGAUUCUAUAAAAGACCCUAUAAAAUUUUAUUUCCUUGAAAAAAUGCAAAUUAUUUUAUGUCAUGAAUAAACUCUUAAAGAGAUUGUAACUCCAAAAAAUAAGGAAAAAAGUAUAGAUAAAUACUAAAAGUAGAAAAUUUAAAAAGAAAAAAAUGUGAUAAUUGAUGAUGAUUUUAAAAAUGAAGUUUUACAUCUCUAACGUUAAGAGAAUAAUCAAGAUUUAAUAUAAAAUUUUAAUGAAAUAAUAUAAUCGUAGCAAAAUUAAGAUAGUUUUGAUGAAAAGGAAGAUGAAGACUCUAACUAUUAAGAUUUAGAUAACUUUUCUGAUUAAUAAUUUUCUUAAUCACACAUUAGCAAUCACAAAGAAACAAAGCUUAGUCUGUAGUAAAUGAAAUUAAAAUAUAAGUAAAAUUGCAGAUCCUAAAUCAAAUAUAGUAUUUCAAAAAAAAGACUUGAAAGAUCAAAAAGAGUUGGUAUGUAUUUAUAAAUUCAUUAGGAGUCUAAUAUAAAUUAAGCUGAAACAAUGGGAUCUCUCUUUUAAAGUUUUGUAGAUAACAACGAAAAGCAAGCAAAUUAAGUUAAGCUCAACUUAAAUUAAUAAUAAUAAGAAGUUGAGAGAAGAUUACAAAGGAGAAAAACACUAAAAGAAGGAGGUUAAAAUAAUGUCUCUUUGGCUUUAAAAUAAACAAAUUAAGUCAAUGAGAAAAGCUAAAGAUUAAAUAAAGAAAUUAAAGUAAGUUAUGAUGAUCAAGAUUUAGAAAAUUUAGAUCCUGACGAGCAAAGCAUAAAUUGA